AAGCGAGUGUCGCAGGCAGAGGGACGUGGAGCAGAGGCACCCAGACUUUGUCCAGAGAAGAGGCUCUGCCCGUCCGUCCGUCCGUCCUGAUUCCUGGAAGUGUUUGAAGUUUCGCAGGCUGCAGGCGAAAAAGGCGAUGGGUCUUCCCAACAGCCGACAGGGAGCACGGAAGGUCAUGUUUCUGGCAGGUAAGCUGAGGAAAGGGCAGCAGCAGAGCAUCUUUCUUGCACUCAAAAGGCUGCAGGUUCAAUUCCUGGCUCUCCAGGUCAGGCUAGGAUUGUCCAUUCUUUGAAACCCUGGAGAGCCGCUGCCGUUCAGUGCAGGCAAAAGAGUCACAGAAUCACAGAAUUGUAGAGUUGGAAGGGACCCCGAGGGUCAUCUACUCCAACCCCCUGCAAUGCAGGAAUCCCAGCAAAAGUUUCCCUGGCAGAUGGCCACCCAACCUCUGCUUAAAAACCUCCAAGGAAGGAGAGUCCACCACCUCUCAUGGGAGUCUGUUCCACUGUUGGUCGAACUCCCUUACUGCCAGAAAGUUCUUCCUGAUGUUUAGUCACAAUCUCCUUUCUUGUAACUUGAAGCCCUGGGUUCGAGUCCUACCCUCCAGAGCCGGAGAAAACAAGCUCGCUCCAUCUUCCAACGUGGCAGCAGCCCUUGAGAUAUUUGAAGACGGUUCUCAUAUCUCCUCUUAACCCAGCUCCUUCGACUGUUCCUCAUAAGGCUUUGGUUUCCAGGCCCUUGAUCUCCUCGGUCACUCUCCUCUGCACACGUUCCAGCUUGCCGAUAUCCUUCUUAAAAUGUGGCUCCCUGGUUAGAUGGAUCAACAGCCUGGUUGCACAAGGCAUAGUGCCAGAAGGGGACAUUUUGCCACUUGAGACGGGGAGGGGGGGAAACUGCUGCCCCCAGACCACAAUCUGCCUCCUCCUUGCAGCAGGAACACCUGCAGCUGAGGUGCUGGCAGCAAAGCAGCCGCCGCAGCAGAACAGCUUGUUUUCACUGAGAAUCCUGCAUUGCAGGGGGUUGGAAUCCCUUCCAAUUCUAUGAUUUUAGGGUGCACAAAAGGAGGACAUGGUGACAGGCAGAAACAAGUGGUGGGAUGCACCCAUGAUGGGGGAGGUGGCAGGGGGUGCCCUCAGCAGGAGGGCACACUCCUAGUGGGGCAGAGGCGUGCCAUGGCAGUAGGCAGUGUGCUCCUUGGACCCAAAUCUGCCUCCUGAGCUGACCGCCUUUCUCUUUCUUAUGGGCAGGCUGGCCCGAUAUCUUCAGUUCGGAAGAGCAAACUUCCUCUUUUCCCCUUCAAGGUACCAUUUUCUGCCACACCCUGAAGCACAGAAAGACCCAGCUUCCUUUGUCCUUUAUGGCAGACCCUCCAAGUGCCUCUCUUUUCCAGCGACGGCCCCAGAUUUACCAAAGCUGUCCCAGUUUCUGAAUUGAUCCUGGAAUGCCCCAUUUUUCCUUUGUUGUUGUUUAGUCGUUUAGUCGUGUCCGACUCUUUGUGACCCCAUGGACCAGAGCACGCCAGGCACUCCUGUCUUCCACUGCCUCCCGCAGUUUGGUCAAACUCAUGCUGGUAGCUUCGAGAACACUGUCCAACCAUCUUGUCCCCUGUCGUCCCCUUCUCCUUGUGCCCUCCAUCUUUCCCAACAUCAGGGUCUUUCCCAGGGAGUCUUCUCUUCUCAUGAGGUGGCCAAAUUAUUGGAGUCUCAGCUUCAGGAUCUGUCCUUCCAGUGAGCACUCAGGGCUGAUUUCCUUAAGAAUGGAUGCGUUUGUUCUUCUUGCAGUCCAUGGGACUCUCAAGAGUCUUAGGACAUCCCUAUUUUCACCUGAUAAAUAUCGGAGUGUACAGUAGGGUGUCCCUAUUUCCAUCAGAGAAAUGUUGGAGUGUAUGGAGCUAUCCAAAUCCCGCCCCCCCCCCAGCCAAGGAGAUAAGUAACUAUGCAACCUUUAGAAGACAUCUGGAGGCAAACCUGUAUAGGGAAGUUUUUUUAAAAAAUGUAUCAUGUUUCAAGUUGUUUUUAUAUAUGUUGGAAGCCGCCCAGAGUGGCUGGGGCAACCCGGUCAGAUGGGCAGGGGCAAGAAUAAUAAAACUGUUGUUGUUGUUAAGGAAUAAAGGUAAAAGUAAAAGGACCCCUGACCAUUAGGUCCAGUCGUGACCGACUCUGAGGUUGUGGCACUCGUCUCGCUUUACAGGCUGAGGGGGCUGGCAUUUGUCCACAAACGGUUUUCCCGGGUCAUGUGGCCAGCAUGACUAAGCCGCUUCUGGCGAAACCAGAACAGCGCACGGAAAUGCCAUCUACCUUCCGGCCGGAGCGGUACCUAUUUAUCUUCUUGCACUUUGAUGUGCUUUUGAACUGCUAGGUUGGCAGGAGUGUUAAGGAAUAAGACGCCCCUAUUUUCACCGGAGAAAUGUUGGAGGGUAUGUUAUUGUGUGUGUUAGACCACUGCCCUGUAGAAGAAGUCUUACUCCAUUUUUCCUCCCCUUUCCUUAGGUUUCCUCCUAAGCUGCAUGUUGCAGCUGGUGCCAGCACAAUUUCAACCCCAGUUGUCUUUGACCUCUGAGCCAAUUGAGACUUUUGUGGGCAAGGAUGUCAAGCUGUCUCUGAGGAACGCCCCCCGGCAGUUCGCGCAGUGCCAGUGGUUCCGGCAAAGCCGCUCGGGGAGAGUGGAGAACAUCUUCACGCAAUUUGGGCAGACUCAGGGGCAGCCAGAAAAAGGCCCUGGACACACCGGACGGGAGACGUUGAGAGACGGGUGCUCCUUGUAUAUCGCGAGGUUGACGCAGUCCGAUGCAGCGAACUACACCGUGGUGAUUCAGCCCGGCCCAGACCAGCAAACAGGCCAAGGGCAACAAUUUGUAGGGAGAAACCUCUCAGACUCUUAUUAUUUGCAAAUCUCAAGUAAGUACCAAACCGCUCGGUCGCCACCUUUUUCAAAGAAAGGCUCCUGUUUCUUUAACCACAAUGUAAUGGGGAAAGGGCCAUCCUUUUUUCUUAGCGUUGCACCAGAGGCAAAAGUGAGUAGGGUGGAGAAUGUUAAGUUUUUCCUUCUUCCUCUUUUUAAAUUGCUUUUUAUUGAGUUUUAAACUGGUUAUUCAUCUACAUAUUCCAUUCACUUUUUAACAUAUAUUGCACACAUAUAAAAACCAAACAAUAACAACAUUUCUACGCAAUAUUUCUUCCCACCACCUCAGUGCGGCUUCUUCUGUCUUCGUUCUCUUUUCUGCUGUGCUGUUUUUCCUUAAGGUAAAGGGUAAAGGGACCCCUGACCAUUAGGUCCAGUUGUGACCGACUCUGGGGUUGUGGCGCUCAUCUCGCUUUAUUGGCCAACGGAGCCGGCGUACAGCUUCCGGGUCAUGUGGUCAGCAUGACUAAGCCACUUCUGGCGAACCAGAGUGGCGCAUGGAAACGCCGUUUACCUUCCCGCCGGAGCGGUACCUAUUUAUCUACUUGCACUUUGACGUGCUUUCGAACUGCUAGGUUGGCAGGAGCAGGGACCGAGCAACGGGAGCUCACCCCAUCGCGGAGAUUCGAACCGCCAACCUUCUGAUCGGCAAGCCCUAGGCUCUGUGGUUUAACUCACAGCGCCACCCGCGUGCCUUGUUUUUCCUUACUGCCUUUCUAAUAGGUAAUAUAUCUCAUCUAUCUGACCUUCAUGUUGCAAAAUUUAGUCGGAACAUAUCAAGGGUUUUUAUCUGAGAACAAUGUUUCCCCAGAUAAUCUUUUACACGUUCCCACUCCUUUUUUCUUUUUCUUUUUUUCCCUCUUUUGACAUUUUGGUUUGGCUGGUUCCUAAUUGCCUCUGUCAUUCUUGCUAAUUCCAAACACAAUUUAUCUUGCCAUCUUCCUUUGUUGGUGUCCUGCCCCCCCCCCUCCAAUUUCUAGCCAUUAACAUAGAAUGCUCAGUUUUUCCUUUGCGCAGGAGGUUAGUCUCCACACGCAAACACCUCCCUAUCCUCUGUCCAGGCAAGCAAGGGGCAUUGUCGAAGUUCGGGGAACCCAGUCCCGCCAGGCAAACGCCCCCAGGGAGGUUCUGGAGCAGCAGCACCCGUGAAAGGCAUGGCCUGGGGAGGAUUCCAGGGGCCAGCGAGAGAGUUGUGGAGGGCCAGAGGUUCCCCCCCAGCUCCUUGGAUUGCCACUCGCUGCUGCAAAUGUUCUCGCUGCUGCCAACUGCAACGGCACUUUGUUUAGGGAAGCUUUUAAUGUUUAAUAGGUUAUUGUAGUUUAGUGUUCUGUUGGAAGCCGCCCAGAGUGGCUGGGGAAACCCAACCAGAUGGGCGGGAUAUAAAUAAUAAAUUAUUAUUAUUAUUAUUAUUAUUAUUAUUAUUAUUACUACUACUACUACUACUACUACUACUACUACUACUGUUAUUUUGACACCAUGAAAGACUUGGCUCUGCCAGUCUCUGCAGGCAGGCCUCCUAUAUAUCAAGGGCACAAGAGACCCGCUCUAAAAGAACGGCAGAUAAAAUUAUUGGAGCUGGCUGAGAUGGCAAAGCCGACAUGUUUAAUUAGAGAAAAAUCAUUGCUGGCACUGGUUAAGGAUUGGAAAUUUCUUAUGGACUUUUUGCAGGAUAGAGGAAAUGAAUGUGUACUAUUGGGAUUUGGAUAUUUUAAAAACACUACUUUAUAGAAGACAGAAUGGUUGUGGUUUAAGAAACGAAUGUCAUGUGUAGGACAGAGAGCCAAAAGUCAUUUUUCUUCUAUUUUAUUUUAGUCUGUUCUUUCUCUUCUCUCUCGCUUUCUCUUUCUGUAGGUCUCUCCUUGUCUUGUGUUUUCUUCUUUCUGGCUUUGUUCUUUUUUAGACUAAGUAGCUGUUUUAUCUUAGCAUAUUAUAAAAAAAGCUAGUUUGUAAUGUGUAUGUAUUUUUGUAUAUCUAUGGAUGAGUAUCAAUAAAUAAGUGUGUGUGUGUAGGGCACAACAGCAGGCAGAUUUUCUGGUCAGUUGGCAACCCCUAAUGCGAUCUCAGCGCACUCCUAUCAAUUCACCAUCCAUUUCUAGAAGUUUUGGCUCUAAAUAAAUUUAAAAUUGUAGGGUCAGAAAAGACAGUGGGAAUUUUCUGCCUUUUAAACCAACUCCUGUAUCCUUUGGGGGUGGGGCAUAGAACAUUGUUGGAAGAUUUUCCCCAGUACUUGCCUAGGGCUGCCAUAUCUGCCACAGUGAUCCAUGCGACGGUCACCUCCAGGCUUGACUACUGUAACUCGCUCUACGCAGGGCUGCCCUUGAAGCUGUCCCAGAAACUCCAGCGGGUACAGAAUGCUGCAGCGAGGCUCCUCACGGGGUCCCUGCCAUGGGAGCAUAUUCACCCAGUGCUUUUCAAGCUGCACUGGCUCCCGGUGGAGUACAGGGUCAGAUUUAAGGUGCUGCUUUUGACCUUUAAAGCCCUUCACGGCCCAGGACCCUCGUACCUACGGGCCCGCCUCUCCCGGUAUGCCCCACGGAGAGCCUCAAGGUCCAUAAAUAGCAACACCCUAGAGGUCCCGGACCCUUAGAAAGUCAGAUUAGCCUCAACAAGAGCCAGGGCCUUUUCAACACUGGCUCCGGCCUGGUGGAACGCUCUGCCUCAUGAGACCAGGGUCCUGCAGGAUCUGAUUUCUUUCCGCAGGGCCUGUAAGACAGAGUUGUUGCGCCUGGCCUUUGGCUUGGAGCCAAUUUGAUUCCCUUCCUCCCUCUCUUUCUUUUUUCUUUUCCUUCUCCUCCUGCGAUGAGGCUACAUUUUAAUAUUUUAAUGUUCCAUUAUUUUAAUGCUGUAUUUUAUUUUUGUUUAUAAGUUGUAAUCAUUCAUCUUGUUUUUAUUAUUGCUUGUAAGCCGCUCUGAGCCCGGCCUUGGCUGGGGAGGGCAGGGUAUAAAUAAAAAAAUAUUAUUAUUAUUAUAUCUCCGGGGUUUCCCAGACCUAUCUGAGAUUUGAAUGCCAGGAAAAAACCACCUCUGUCUGGAUUUUUGCCCGUGCUGAUAAAAGCUUCAGCUGCUCAUUUUAAGGCUACUGUCCAAAAGGCGUAGGAGCAGGGACUAUGAAAAAAGUGGCAAUCCAGCAAGGGGGGGGGAGCAAAGUUAUUUAAGACUAGUUUGGCCCUUUCCACAUAAAGUUGCUAGUUGACCGGAAAGGAAAGGAAAGGAGAUAGGCUGCACAAGCUAGGUUUGCAGAAGCACAGUGAUAAACAUUUGGCAAAGUCUGCCGGUCCAGCUGCUGAUUGCGGCACAGGAGUGCAAGCUGUGAAAUAAGUUGGCAACCUGCUUUCCAAAUAUAGAUAUACCGUAUUGGCCGGAAUAUAAGCCAUACCUUUAAAAUUCAAAGGGGGGGGGGAGACAAUACCCGAAUAUAAGCCGCUCCCUUAAAAUUCUGCAGGCACUCACACGUGUAAAUGGCAAAUGUACAAGAAAAUCCUACAGUGAUAUCGUAAAAGCCCAUUUUUGUAAGGUCUCAAAUUUAAGCCACGCUUUAACUUUCCACGGUCGGAAUUUGGGGGGAAAUGCAAGGCUUAUAUUCAGGCCAAUACGGUAUAUUCAACUCUCAUCCUGAGCCAUGUGAAAUCCUCACGAAUUCUAUUUUUACAGGCCUCAUGUCCAUAAACCUCAACCCACAGCGUCCUGUUCAAGGUCAGGACCUCACCCUGACCCCGCAAAAUGCCCCAAAGCAAUUAAGCUUUUGCAAGUGGGUCAUACACCCCAGGGGCGGGAAAGAAAAAGUUCUCGAAUACGACCCAGAGGACACAGACCAGCAAAGCUUGUCCCAAGGCAGAACGACUUUGAGGCAGGAUUGCACCUUGCACAUCAGGCAGCUUGAUGUUUCUGACACCGGCAACUACACGGUGAAGAUCGAAUCUCUUCUGAACCAGCAGCAACAACCAGGGCAGCAGCCUGAAAUAGGAGACUUUCAGGUGCACAAGGGACAGGUCUAUCUUGAUGUCUUCCAACAAUCUGGCAAGUAUCCAUCCUCUCCAAAGCUCUACACCGUACGGCAGCCACCUGCUUAAAUAAAAAAUGACUUCUUCCUUUUUGGGCCCCUUAAAAGCGUUUUUAACAUCAUCAAACCACUCCAUCGAUUAGACAGUGAAACCCCACUGCAAGCACUAGGGGGCGCCAAACUUAACAUUUGCAUUCCAGGACAAAACAUUUCCUUGGCCAAGAGGAGUCCCUUGUAGUGUUUUCUCUCCUGCUGCGGUUUAACUUCUGACACCACUGUUGCACUUUUCCAAAGAGUGGUGGAAAGCAAUGGGAUUGGUUGCAGGUCUUAAUUUCUCUCCGGCUUCCCAAUGAAAGAAACGCAAACUUGGCGGGUUGCUCACAGCAUGCUGCUGUCCUGAGCAUUUUAAGCAGGUGCUGAGUUGCUGUGCUAUGGAGAUGCAGAGAGUCUGGUCUCUGGAGAAGGCCAGGCAAGAGUAGCAGAAGGCGGAUCCUGACCAUAAAUUGAUCAACUAGUCCUCCUCUCUUUUAGGUCCUGCCCACACCACGUAUUUAAAGCACUUUGAUGCCACUUUAAACCGUCAUGGCUUCCCCCCAAAGGAUUCUGGGAAGUCUAAUUUGCUAUGGUUGUUGAGAGUUGUUAGGAGACACCUUCCCCUCACAGAACCACAAUUCCCAGAAUUCCCUGGGAAGAGGUAUAAUAUAUGUAUGCUAUACCAAUGGGUGCCCAAUAUGUGUCCUUAUUUAUUGGUUUCUGCUACACAGUUUGUAGUCCAGCAUCCAUUUUGGACCAGCUCCCAAGAACUUAGCUCCAACUGUUUCUUAAGAGAGCAGUUUGCCUUUUGGCCACUAGGCGGCAACCACAUAAAUAUAUACAACAUUGCAAGAGGGAAUGGAGAACUGGUAGCUCUGUGAGGGGAAUUGGAGCUUCCUAACAACCCCCAGCAACUUUUCAGCAGGCUAAAUUUUCCAGGAUUCUUUGCGGGGAAGUCGUGGCUGUUUAAAGUGGUGCAGUACUCCUUUCAACAUACAGUGGAACCUUGGCUCCCGAAUGGCUUAGAUGCCGAACAAAUCGGCUCCCGAAUGCCACAAACCCGGAAGUAAGUGCUCCGGUCCGCGAACGUCUUUCAGAAGCCGAAUGUCCAACGCAGCUUCAGCUUGAGUGCAGGAAGCUCCUGCAGCCAAUCGGAAGCUGCGCCUCGGUUUUUGAACGGUUUUGGGAGUCGAACGGACACCCGGAACGGAUUAAGUUCGAGAACCAAGGUACCACUGCAUAGUACAGACAGGGCCUUGAUCUAAGAAGUACUUAGAUUGAGUACUAAGAAGUACCCAGCCAGAUGGGUGGGGUAUAAAUAAUAUAUUAUUAUUAUUAUUAUUAUACAGGGCCUUGAUCUAAGAAGUACCAUAUUUUUUGCUCUAUAAGACUCACUUUUUCCCUCCUAAAAAGUAAGGGGGAAUGCGUGUGCGUCUUAUGGAGCGAAUGCAGGCUGCGCAGCUAUCACAGAAGCCAGAACAGCAAGAGGGAUUGCUGCUUUCACUGCGCAGCGAUCCCUCUUGCUGUUCUGGCUUCUGAGAUUCAGAAUAUUUUUUUUUCUUGUUUUCCUCCUCCAAAAACUAGGUGCAUCUUGUGUUCUGCUGCGUCUUAUAGAGUGAAAAAUACGGUACUUAGAUUAAGUACUAUAAAGUACCCCACCAGAUGGGUGGGGUAUAAAUAAAUUAUUAUUAUUAUUAUUAUUAUUAUUAUUAUUAUUAUUAAAAGGGAAGACAGCAAGCCCCAGGUUGGGAGAGUCGUCCCUGCCUCAUUCUCUCACACCGGAGGGAACGCCUUGUCUAAAAAACGUUCAUUCUGCCAUCUUGGGACUUUAAACUAUUGUUUCAGCCAUGUGCAAAUCAGUGCCAUCCCAUGCGCACCUGUUUGAGGAUGCUUUGACUCUUCGAAAUAAAGUUGCCAACUUACCUUGUACGGCCAGGCGGUGGGGAGUUUUGGAGACAUUUAAUUUACGCAGAUUGAAUCACUACCUAAGCUGUUUAUUUAAGGUUUAUUUAACAGUUGGAAAGACCUUGUUGCGUGGGUGUUGAUCGCAACAGGGCAGCUGUUUGGAGCCGAAUUCUGGAUCAAUGCUUUCAUCCCCAAUCCUUUUUCCCCUCUUUCAGGUCAUGACCCCCAAAAAGGUCAUGGCCCCCAAGUAGCUCGUGCCUCUGCCUCUUUGACCUACAACGCAGCCGUCGUCGCUGGGACCUUGCUUGGAUCGCUCGCCUGGGCAGACGCCCUGAUGCCCGUCUUCUCCGGGCUAUUCUGUGAGUGGCACACAAACCGCUAGGAUACGCAGCUUCAGAAAUGAGGAUAAGGCUCUCUCUUGAGGGCUGCUAGACAUAGUGGCAGCAGGUCUCUGAAAACCAGCCACUGGGGACUGAGAGUCCAGCUUGUAGGCUUCUCAAAGACAUCUGGUGGGCUGCUGUGAGGAAAUGGUGCUGGACUAGACAGACCUUUGCUCUGACCCAGUGGGGUUCUUCUUAAGUCCCUAGAGAUGGGAAUAAGGACCAGUGGCAAAGCGUUUUGUUUUGGCCCAUAUGCCACAUUCAUCAUUGGCCAUCCCACACUCUCACACAGACAGGCUCACACACCAUCAUACCUUCCGACACGACAUGGCACAAAUCCGGGACACCAUCUUUCGGGUCUGAAAUCCUGCACAAGUCACAUGGCCUGUGUGAGAUCACAGAUCUGGGAAAGGCGCUUUUUCGGGGUGAGUUUUCAGCCUGAAAUUGCGCAACCACAAGGCUCCCAAAGUGGCCGCUGUUCUCUCUCAGGAAGAAACGGGACGUCCCAGUUUUUUCCAGAUCAGUUGACAGGAAUGCACCAUACCUUUAAAGCAAACAUGUUCACCCCAAAGAAGCUUGGGAACUAUAUUAUUAUUAUUAUUAUUAUUAUUAUUCAUUUCAUUUCAAUACUGCUUUAUAUUUUAAAGAAAAAAUCUCAAAGCGGUUUACAGCACGUUAAAACAAUCCAGAAUCAAACAUUUCCAAAGAAAGUCAAAUAUAAAGUAUACAGUCAAGGCAACAUAAUUAACAGGAAACUAAAAUAUUACCUUAACAGAUUUCAAAAUGAAACAUUACAAAGGAGGUCAGCUACAGAAGACAUAUUUGACACAAACAAAGUUGACCAAAAAAAUCUUAAACAUUUCAAAAGAAAAUAUUGCCAAGGGCAGUCAAAUAUGAAAUGCACAUUUAAAACAGUACCAUUUACAGAGCUAGGACCCCCCACAGUUGGAAACCACAGUUCCCAAGAUUUAUCGGGUGGGAGGGGGAAUGUUCUAUAAAUGUUCCAGGGUUUGAAUUUCCGCUGGAGCACAAAGUUCCCUUGGCCACCUUGAGCCACUCGCCCUGUCCUACCUAGCACAAUUGUUGUGAGGCUAAAAUAGGACAAUCUCUGUGUUUCUUUAUCACUGGAGGAAGGGCAGGAUGUGGACGUACUUAAUGAACCCAUUUCCUCCGCCCUUUUAGGCUCCCUCACUUCCCUGAGGCGCAAAGUCAUCCCGUGAAUGAAUGAUGAGUUUGGCGGAAAGUCCCUAACUUUUGCAAGGUAUGUUGACAGCCUGUUGGGUUGGUAGUGACAGCGGGGGCUCAAUCUCACAGGAUCCACAGCUUCUGGGGCGUUUGCUCCUUCCCCAGUUUGGGCUCAAAUUCAGCUCGUAGGAAACCAGUGUCAUGCGGUGCUUCUCCUCCCCUGCCCAGAGCUAGGACACCAAGAAAAUCCAUAAAUCCAAAGCCAACUGAUCAGAAGAACCUUGCGCAGCCUGCUCUUUUGCCUUUAACAGCAGUUUGAUCUGCAUGAAACAUUAACUAGUCAAACUGCUUUCAAGCACAGCAAUGAAGACAUCAAAAACCCAUGUGGACCUGUCUAUCAAUAAAGGCUUUCCAGGUACCCUAGGUUUGGGGCUUAGCCAAGUACAGCGUCUGCGCAUGCACGGGUUGUGAUUUGGCACUUCUGCACAUGCGCAAAGUGCAAUUUAGCGCUUCUGCGCAUGUGUGACUGCUGAAACCCGGACAUAACCCAUUCCGGUACUUCCAAGUUUUGGCAGGUCCGUAACCCGAAAAUAUGCAACCUGAAGCGUCUGUAACCUGAGGUAUGACUGUAGCUCAGUGAGGCAGAAUCGUCUUGCACACUGAAGGUCCCUGGUUCAAAUCCCGGCAUCGCCAAGUAGGGCUGGGGGAGAUCCCACACCUGACAGCUAAAUGGACCGGUGUUCUGAUUUGCUACAAGGCAGCUUCUGUCCUGAUUCCCACUCAGGCCCUGAUGACAUGAGAGUGAGGAAAAGGCCUUCUUUGAGGCAGAGUAGAGGUAAAGUCUCAGCAACAGGUAGCGACUCACGCCUGGGCGACAGGAAAGACAAGUCCAGUUGGGCUGAAAGGGCCGGUUCCAGUUUACAGAGAGUCCAAGAUCUGGACAAGCAGUUCAGAACUGGGCGGAAGCAUUAGGGCGGUCCCAACGGGCAAGGCUUGCUUACUCACAGGACUCUCCUGCCACACAAGACUCCUGAGUGAAGGCGGUCACUGUGUUGGAAGAGGGUCUGUUUCCAGAAAUAGGGGCACCACCGGGGCCCGGGUGACCAAGCCGUGCCCCACUCCUGGCGCCGCUUCCUGCAACCCUGGCUGUUGGCUAGGGUAAAGUCCUGUUUCCCAUCCAGAGCUAGGGUUGCCAUAUUUCAAAAAGUGAAAAUCCGGACACAAAAGUUGCUGCUGCUGUUGUUUUUUGGCCAAAGUUGCUGAGCUUUUUUGUUUGUUUGCAAAAAAGACAAAAAACAAAACCACUGAAGUUUUUGAGCUAUUUUUAAGGAUACCUCCGUAUCUAAACUUUCGACAUGGUUUUCCUGGCCGGACCCUGCUUAUGACUGUCAUAUUCCGGCUAUAUUCGGGAAAUUAUGGACAUAUGGCCACCCUAUCAGCCAUAUCUUGGGAGGGAGAAAUUCCUGCUUCCUCUGGACCUCCUCUCCCAUCCCCCUCCUUGUCCGUCUGAGCCACCUGAGCCUGCCGUCACCUCUGGACUCAGGACAGCCUCCUGUGUUCCUAUGACUUACCAGAGAGUGGUCCUUCGUCCAUCCUGGCAUUGGAACCUGCCAUCUUUGGAACACCCUCUCCUGGGAUGGUUAUCUUUUAGGCAGCAGGCUAAGUCCAUCCUGCCUUUCCAAAGCAUUUGGUUCUAAGGAAAAGCAAGACAUUCCGGGAUCAAAUCAGAACCUGGGGUGGUUUCUGUAAAUCGGGGACUGUCCCUGGAAAACAGGGGCACUUGGAUGGUCUUUUUAAGAGGCACAAGCCACUGCAAUCCAUUGUGGCGUUGGAAAAAGCUGGGUGGAUUUCCCCCCUGGAGCAGGUGGCAAAGCUUGAAGUAGCCACCAGGUGGCACCAGGCUUGACACCAACCACAACGGCAGCCUCCCGCUUACAAAAAGGGAAUGAUUUUCUCCAGUGGUGCUGAACAUUUCCUGCGAGACAAAUUGCCAAACAAACACGCACACGAAAGCCCCCAACGCCUUGGUGAUCUGCAGAAACCAGCAGGUAAAGUUUCACCCCGCACAGGCAUGAGCCUUGUUACCUACGAAUGCCUACCGAUCUAGUUGCUUUAAAAGGCACAGGAGCAGGGGUUGCUAGGAAAAGUUGGCAGCUCUGAAUGUGACUCCUGCUGGCAGUGAGCUAUUGCUGCUGCAUCCAGUUUUUUGUUCAUGCUCGACAAUAAGCUACCGUAUUUUUCGCUCCAUAAGACGCACCUGACCAUAAGACGCACCUAGUUUUUAGAGGGGGAAUGCAAGGGGGGGAAAUUAUUUAAAGGGAGUGCUGUGCAGCGCUCCCUCUCGCUGUUCUGGCUUCUGGGAUAGGCAUGUGAAGCCUUCUCAGGGCAGCGGGAUGAAGGCUCCCUGUGCCCUGAAGAGGCUUCGCGCGGCUAAGCCAGAAGCUAGAACAGCAAGAGGGAGCGCUGCGCAGCGAUCCCUCUCCCUGUUUUGGCUUCUGGGAUAGCCGCACAGCCUGCAUUCACUCCAUAAGACACACACACACAUUUCCACUUACAUUUUAGGAGGGGGAAAGUGUGUCUUAUAGAGCGAAAAAUACGGUACUCAGCUCGAAAUGAUUUCGCCACGUGUUCAUCUUGCCUCUCUUUUCCUUCUCCUCUUGCAAACUUUAUUUUGUAAGUUGUUUGGGGCAAAGAACUCUCUCUCUCUCUCUCUCUCUCUCUCUCUCUGUCGGCUUAUACUGUACAAGCUCCACAUCGCUAACACCCUAUGAAUAUUCUAAUAUUCUAAUCUCCAAAUCUUUCCACAGCCUCGCCAUCUGGGCAACAGAUUCCCGAUAACCAGGAAGGCCUCUCUACCUCUUUCUAUGCCGUGGAUGAAGAAAUAUCCUGGAUCCUGUGCAGUCUUACAUAUAAAAACUUUAUUUCAUUUCUGUUAAUACAAAAAAAAAUAUGUAAAGGUUUCUAAAACUUCUAUCCAGCAUUCAAUCAACUCAGGGUACACUCAUUGGAAUUAAUAGACAUGAUGAACUUAGGCCCAUUAAUUUCACUGGGUCUCCUCUGAUGUAGACAGUGCACAAGAUGUGCAACUUAUAGAAACUCAGAAAAGUAUAUCAAACCUUUGUAGCUUGUUUUCCCAUAAUUAUCAGAUGUUACCCAGUUUUGAACAAACUUAUUGUAAACAACCUGUUGGUGCUUUUCCUGAUACUUUUUCAAAUAAAGUGUUGCUUUUUUUCUGCCUUAAA